AUGCCGCCAAAAUCCCUGGUCACCACCCUCCGAGAGCGUUAUCUCACCACCAUCCGUUCCGUCCAACCCCCUUCCCGGUGGAAAGUUCUCGUCAUCGACUCUUUCACUAAAGAACUCCUCAAUUCCGUCCUGAAAAUGUACGAUAUUCUCCAAGAAAACGUCGCUCAAGUAGACAACAUCCAACUCGCCCGUCCUGCCCAACCUAGCCUCGAAGCAUGCUAUCUCCUGACACCCACCGCUCAAAACGUCGAUCGAAUCAUCCGUGAUCUUGCCCCCGAAGCUGGCGAACAACCGACCUAUUCAGCAGGACACAUUUUCUUCGUCGAUUCUCUCUCUGAUGCUCUCGUUCACAAACUCACCUCCUCCCCCGCAGAGCCCAAGUUGAGACAGUUGCUUGAGCUCUAUACCAACUUUUGGCCAACCGAAGCGCAGGCGUUUUCGUUGAAAUCUCCACAGAGCUUUCUCAAUCUCUUUCAACCGGUGGGCGGCUUGUAUGGGCCCGAUCCGAUCGAGGCGAUGAGAGCCCUCGAGGAGGAAUUGCAGUUUUCCGCACAGGCCAUCUUGAACGUUUGUGUUCAGUUGAACGAGUUUCCGUUGAUAAGGUACUAUAAUCCAUCUCAUCCGCCACUGGGCCCACUGCAGCCCUCGAAAGAUGCGGUGAAAUCGCAAACUGCUGCUGCCAACAUGUAUCAGGGUAGUGCGAGAAUGGCAAGGUUAAGAGGCAACAAUGCCGACUCGGGCAUUGCUGGUGCCGGCGCCGAGGGUAGUUGGAUGGGAGAACAUUUUACAAAGAAGCUCGCCUUGAGCGUUCAGAAGGCGAUAGAUCAGUAUGUCAAGGAUAACGAGCCCAAGCUGGAAGCAACUCGACCAAGAAGUGUGCUUUUCAUUACCGAUCGGAGUAUGGAUACGGUUGCACCCUUCUUGCACGAGUUCUCCUAUCAGGCGAUGGUGAAUGAUCUUUUGCCGAUCGAGGAUGGGACGAGGUAUCAUUAUACCUUUUAUACCGCCGAUGGAGACAAGGAGGAGAAAGAGGCAGUCUUGUCCGAUCAAGACAAUGUUUGGGUUGGCAUUCGACAUCUUCACAUCGCAGAAGCCAUUGAUAAGUUGACGAGGGAUUUCAAGCAGCAUGCGGGGGAACAAGGUGCAUUUGCAGACGCCAACUCCUCUCUCAACGACAUGCGCGACAUGUUGGCUUCCCUCCCACAUAUGCAAGAGAUGAAAGAGAAACUUUCACUCCAUUUGACCAUGGCGCAGGAUUGCAUGAAUAGGUUCCAAAAGUCGAAACUUGCAGCACAGGCGAUGGUGGAACAGAACUGCGCAACCAGGCUAACUCCCGAGGGGCAGAAGCCGAAAACGUUGGUGGAAGAGAUGGUUCCCUUGUUGGAUGAUAGAGGUGUUAGUAAUACCGAUAAGGUUAGGAUCAUCGCCUUGUAUAUCAUGUAUUGUGACGGCGUGCCAGAUGAGGAUCGGAAGAGGUUGUUUCAGCAUGCCAGGUUGGGGAGGUGGGAGAUGGAGGCGGUGGAUAAUUUGGUCCAUUUGGGAACUCAGGUUGUCAAGGAUCCCACUAGUGGUUGGGAUGCUUUCUUUAAGAAAGGCAAGAGGAAACAGCAGCCGGGGGAGAACGAGUUCGAACUUUCGCGAUAUCAACCGUUGGUCAAGUUGAUGGUCGAGGAUCAUUUUGCUGGCAAGCUUGAACAAUCGCAGUUUCCUUACGUAAGGGAUGCUCCACCAGAACAAACAAGCGGUGGCUUAUCGCUACCCGUGCAAACAUCAGCAUUAGCUAGAGUCGGCUUGGGCAGUGCAACUUCAACCAACAACACAGGCGCACCAACAGGUCGAACCCAACCGAGCAGCUUACGAAGUGCUAAACCGACCUGGCACCAAAAAGCACAGAGAGGAGCAAGCAAUGUGGCGCAGGAGAGAGCAGAGAAUAGGCAGAGAGUAUUGGUCUUUGUGGCCGGUGGAACGACGUAUAGCGAAACAAGAAGUGUUUAUCAGUUGAGUGAAAGGUUGGGCAAAGAUGUGUAUAUUGGAAGUUCGCAUGUCUUCACUCCGCAAAGUUUUGUAGAGGUGAUGAAACAUUUCGGUAAGGCGAGCGCAAGGGAGGCCGUUCAACGUAAUCAUCACUCUUCACAACCUCAUCAUCAGGGUGGCAGAGGGGAAGGAGGGGAGAGAGGAGCGUUACCAGCAGGCGCCAACCUACUCGUGAAACCGGUAAACGAUACAAGUGCAAUUCGGAGUGCCUCGUUGCAACAUGGAGCCUAUCCGACAAAUGCACAAGUGAACGGAGGAGAGCAUCAUAGUGGAUAUGCUUCCGCACCCAGUGUUGAUCAGAGCGCUUAUGAUAGGAGCUUUCAAAGUGCUCCUACUCCACAACCACAUCAGCAUCAGCAGCAGGGACAGCACAAGUCAAGUCUCCCGCAACAUAUGCUGCAAGAUGGCAAUGGUAGAAGUUCAAGUGCAUCUCCAAGUCAUGGUUCGGAUUUGAGCCAGAGAAGUAAGGAGAAAAAGCGAUUGAAGAAUCCGUUUUCUUUCAAGAAGUAA